UGUGCACGGCGCUGCUCCAGCUGCCCUGUCCUAUCUCUUUAAAUGAGACAGAGCUGUUCCGCUCUGCGUGAGUGUGGACAAAUUACGAAACAGAGAGGGCCACUCUGUUGUGUAGGAGAACUAGGAGAUCGAAAACACAACAGAGAAGAUACUUUGCUUCAAUUUGAACGGUUCUGAAGAGGAGGCUGUGUCUCGGUUGUCAUCUAGGCUACGUUUGACUUAUUCUGAUUUUGGACCCGGUGCUCUUCUCGUAGGCCUAUGUAUGGGCUCGGUAGGCGCAUCUUUCGCCUCCCGAUAGGACAUGACGGGCAGGGCUACCUCCUAAUAAUUAUUUAUUUCGCUCUCUCUGCGCCGCAGCAUUGGGAGAAACGUGAUAGAGAAGCAGCAACAACAGCGUGCUGAUCAUGGAUUAAUGCCCGAGUGAAUUUUCAUCCGAGAGCUGACUCUCAGGACCUGCAUUACUCUGUGUAGCUGUUUGGCUGUGGCAGACCAUGCCUCCUCAUGGUUUCCGUUUGCCUGCAAGAUCCCAAGGUUCCCAAUGUUGAACAUGUCCACCCCCAGCGAGCUAAAGCCUCCCUGCGUGACUCGCAAUGGUAUGGUGAAGUUGCCCUCCAGCCAGCCCAACGGUCUGGGCAGUGCGAGUAUCACUAAGGGGACACCUGCUGCAAAGAACCGCCUGUGCCAGUCCUCAUCUGUACCCUCCAUCCUGCCCCCUCCACCGUCGUCCCUUCCCUACCACCACCACCACCUGGACAGCCCUGGCAUGCCCAAUUCAGCAGCCUCUCUCUUGGGCUCUGACCUGGAGCCUGGAAUGCCUCUAGUGAGCUUGAAGCCGUCCUUUCGUCAGCUUCCCCCUCUCACUCUACCGAAACCCAUGUUACUGGAGCGCCAGCUUGUCCUGGAUGAGAAGCUGCUCAACCGAUUGCUCUGGUACUUCACCACAGCUGAAAAAUGUGUGCUGGCACAGGUAUGCAAGACAUGGCGCAAGGUGCUGUACCAGCCGAAGUUCUGGGAGGGAGUGACACCCAUCUUGCAUGCAAAGGAGCUAUAUACCCUGCUGCCCAAUGGGGAGAAGGAAUUUGUCAGUCUGCAGGCCUUUGCCCUGCGUGGCUUCCAAUCUUUCUGCUUAGUGGGCGUGUCAGACCUGGACAUUUGUGAGUUCAUCGACAACUACCCGCUGUCCAAGAAAGGUGUUCGCUCAGUCAGCCUCAAGAGGUCUACCAUCACAGAUGCCGGUUUGGAGGUUAUGUUGGAGCAAAUGCAAGGCCUGAUGCACCUUGAACUCUCAGGCUGCAAUGACUUUACAGAGGCCGGCCUGUGGUCCAGUCUGAAUGCCCGGCUAACUUCCCUCAGUGUCAGUGACUGCAUCAAUGUGGCGGAUGACGCCAUUGCUGCUAUCUCACAGCUCCUGCCCAACCUAUCAGAGUUGAGCCUGCAAGCCUACCACGUCACUGACACGGCCAUGGCCUAUUUCACAGCCAAACAGGGCUACACCACCCACACUCUGCGACUUCACUCCUGCUGGGAGAUCACCAAUCAUGGUGUGGUCAACAUGGUGCACAGCCUUCCCAACCUGACUGCCCUCAGCCUCUCUGGCUGCUCUAAGAUCACUGACGAUGGAGUGGAGCUGGUUGCUGAGAACCUGCGUAAGCUUCGCAGCCUGGACCUGUCCUGGUGCCCUCGGAUCACAGACAUGGCCCUGGAAUACAUUGCCUGUGACCUGCAUAAACUGGAAGAACUGGUGCUAGACAGGUGUGUGAGGAUCACAGACACUGGCUUGGGCUACUUGUCCACCAUGUCAUCAUUAAGGAGCCUCUAUCUGCGCUGGUGCUGUCAGGUGCAAGAUUUUGGACUGCAGCAUUUAUUUGGAAUGAGGAGUCUUCGUCUGCUGUCUCUUGCAGGCUGCCCCCUGCUGACUACCACUGGUCUAUCAGGCCUCAUCCAGCUGCAGGAGCUGGAGGAGCUGGAGCUGACCAACUGCCCCGGAGCCACCACCGAGCUCUUUAAAUACUACUCCCAGCACCUGCCCCACUGCAUGGUCAUUGAGUAAGACCACUGACCCAUCCCACCGACCAACUGACCGACCGAUCACCGUACUUUUUUCCUCCAUACUCUUCCUCACUCUUUUCUCAAAUGCUAGCCAAGAGACUGCACUGCUCCUACUGUACCACACCAUUCCUCAUUACCUGCCCCUCUACCCUGCCCGUCUUCCUCCAUACUCCAUUGAAUAGACUGACCCACAGGCGGACAGAGAGGCAGGAAGGUAGAUGAUGGUACUUGCCAGACCCAGAAGAUGAUGGGAUGGCGUUUGAGCUUCAUUUAAGAAGAUGCUGGAGUGAAGAGCUUGGUGUGACGUCUUGUCUGACAGCAAGUUUCUUUUUCAGAAUCAACGAAAGACUUUAGGGAGGAGAGCUUCUCUACAGACUUGAUGAUUUUCUUUUCGCUGAAUGGAUACUGAAGGGAGUGACAUGCGCAGAUCCAGAUGCAGUGUAAAGGAAUUAGGAAAAGGAAAACAAAGACGUUUGUGUUUGAGCUGAUAUGGUGGAACUUACACAUGCUUACACUGUAAACAUGCUCACACACAUACUGUAUAUGGUAAGUGAAACAAAGUCCUCAAGACCAUGAGUACUGACGUUUCUAUUUCCAUACCCUGUGUAUUCUUUUUCUCCAGGUAUCCAAUGUUAAGUUUUCUCGUGUUUAGAGAGAGACACCACAUGCCAGCUGGAGAAACAGAAAUCAGCGAGAACUAAAGAUGCAGUUCAGGAAGUGAAUGACAGGGAUGGAACUUCUCUCUCUUGCUUUUUCUCCCCUCCUCUGUGUAUGAAGUGUGUUUCAUGGACUCACAGGUUCCCCAUCUUUUGGGAUGCCACCACCUUUUUCCAUAUCUGUGUCAUCGGAAAUACCCCCCAAAAACUAAUGAACUAACUGAAAAAAAUUUGAAAAACAGCAGUUUACUGUGUUGGGUUGAUUGGCUUAUUGUUCCACCCCUCUCAUUUUUGAUACAUUUGAUUUAAUUUACAGAUCUGGAGGAUAAGUUGUUGUAAACUGUGAAUGUUGUGUUUUAAAAAGGGAAGCGUCGCUGAGGCAUCGCAUCGAGCGCAGAAAGCAUUUGACUUCAAUGACGAGUUUCUGCUGAGGAUAGCUUUCUCUGAUGAAUAGAAUAGAAUCAUGACUAGACAAUGAGGCGACUGUGGGACUUAAACUGACAGUGAUGAUUUAAUUUUACUGGACUAAAUAACUUUAAUAAUAAUAGCAGAGGGAGUUUCACAAGUGAUCUUUCUGUUGGUACGGUAGUUUUGUCCAAAUUGGGGAGAUAUCUGAUUUUUGGAAUCAAAAUCAUCUUCCUCUUCCAUCUUUUAAAUGCUUAAACGAUGAUAGAAACGAUAAUGAAAGAUAAGAUAACGAAAUGAUAGAAACAUGAUGUUUAGAGGUUAAAUUUUAAAAUGCAAAGGCACUGUGUGACUCUCUGGCUAAGAUAAGGUUACCUCAAAUUUAAAAGGGAGGCUAGGGGAUUUCAGUAUUUAUUAUUCGAGCAGUUCUCAGACAGGCCAGGGUGAGGAAUGAGCAGGAGCUCAGGGUCCUUGUACUGUGGAGGUUUUAAAAGAUAAUUUUGUUUGUUUUCCAACUUAACCCAGAGUCAGAGAAACUUAAAGAUGAACUUUGGAAGUAUCAAAUGUGAGUUAAAUAAGCUGUUGUUCAAGACUAUGCUUUUGUUCCUUUUUAAGGGUUCAACUCUGUGUCUUAAAGGGUAAUUCUGGUUUAUUGAAACUUGGGUCUUAUUUCCCCAGCUCCAGCGAUUAGAAAUACUAUUAGUAAUACAAAGUUAAUUUGCUGCUGUCAGAUGAUCAGGUUCCCAUCAGGUUAGUCAGACUUAUUUGAAAUAAAGGUUCAAAGGGAAUGGUUAAAUUAUUGAUCAAACACUUUCUCAGACCUUAGAUUUACCAAACACAUCCAUAAAUUGAGCUAAGCCAGGCUAAGCUUUGCAUUCAAAGCUGGUACUAAAAGGCUAAGGCUAAAGGCUGGACAAUGGCUAAGAAGGAAAAAAAGUGAAGUUUCCCAUAAACCAAAGUGUUUAUUUAACAAUAAAAAUAAGUUAUUGAUGUUACAAAGGAAAAACAAAGAACUUAAAUUCCAGUAGUCGUGUUUCUUCCCACAAUCAUCUGAUAUUAAAAAGAAAUUAAUGAGCCCAACAGUGAGCUUCUUUUUGCCUCUUGUGUGUCCUCAGAUGUAAUGCCUGCCAAAUGAAGGGAUUGGAUCAGUGUCAGCCAGUAUUAGGUUGUGCCAAAUCGCUUUUGAUUAUGCAUAAAAUGUGGCUGGUUGCCUGUAGCUGACUGCACUAAAUGGACUGGAGUGUGUAUGGACAUGGCAGACCAUGCAUGUUUUUAGUUGGUCUGCGUUUUUGUUUCAAGAAGGCUCAUUUUAGAGGUUGUUCUGAAUCUCUUCAUUGUAUAUAAGUAUAUUUAUUUAUUUAUUUAUCUAUUUAUUUGUUUAAAUUAAUUUGUGAUGACAUGAUUUAUUUAUUGAAUAGGCAUUUUUUAAAGAAUUUUGUUUUGUGGAACUGUCUUGAAAUUUGGGCCUGACUUAGCUUAUGCAUUGAUUACUGUUUAUUUAUUUAUUAUUUAUUGACAUUUCAGACCCCUGAGUGAAAUAAUCUACCUAUUAUACAUUUAACAUACAUUCUUUCAGACACCAGUGACGCUACACAUCAUUAAGACUGAAAACGUUUUUUAAUCUUCAUAAUGCGCAAGAGUAUAUUUUUUGUGCAAGUAUGUGUCAACUUUGUGUUGCUGUUGGGUCCAUCAUUAAUAAUAGGGGAUUAACAGUGGUGACAAGUUAUAUUUACUGUAAUUGUCCUGAAUGUGGAAAUACCGAGUAUGAUAUACAUAAAAGCAUUUGAAGUCUGA